UCUAUUGUUAAUGUUAUUUUUUGUUAUUUCUUGUCAUUGUUAUUUUUGUUAUUUCUUUUUAUUGUUUGUUAUAAUUGUUAUUAUUGUUAUUAUCUUUGUUUCUGUUAUUGUUUUUGUCAUUAUUGUCAUUAUUUUUAUUUGUUAUUGUUUCUUGCUUCUUGUAAUUAAAUAUAAUUUUUUUUAAUAGUUUUUUCUCACAUUGCAAAAUGAAUUUGUGUCAUUAAAAAAAUUUCAAGGUUAUAGUUUAGUAAUUGUUGAUAAAAAAAAAAUAAAUCAAAUAGCAUUAAGCUCCCCUGAUAAAUGUGCCCAGUUUAUUUAGAAUGACUGAAACUAUUUUUUUUUUGGUUAUUUACACUGUGAUCGUAUUUGGAACACGACAUACUUUUGUUAUAAAAAGUGAAAUUUUUUCUUAUGUUUAAAGUUAUUUUUUUCGCUCGUCUAAGUGUGAAACAUGUCAAAUUAUCAUCAUUUUUUUUAUUUAUUAAUUCUCAUUAUUUUUGGAGUAAAUAGAAGUGAGGGAAAACAAUUUUCAUCGGAUUUAUCAUCAAUUGAUAUUUUAAAACGAAAAGAUGAUUUAAUUAAAUUUCUUAAUCAACAAAAAAUGAUAAUUAAUAAAUUGGAAUCUAAUUUCUCAUUGGAAAUAUCACAAACACAUAAAAUAAUUUUAGAUGAGGCUAUUAAUUUAUCUAAUACAAUGAAUGAACAAAUAUUUUCCUUUAAUCAAAAAAUUAUGCAGGAAAUUGAAAAUGGAUUAAAAGACAAUUUUCUAAAUAGAGAAAUGUCAAAAUGUGAAAAUAUGUCAUUAAUUUAUACUGAAAAUGCUUUUGUUACAUUAGAAAAUUAUCGUACUUGUUUAUUUGACACUGUUUACAAUAAAAAACCAAAUUUGACGAAUAUUAAUGAAAAUUUUAAAAUUGGCGAAAAAAAUUUAAUAACAUUAAUAGAAGAAGCGGAAAAUUGUGUUGAAAAUCAAAAUAAUAAUCAAAAAUUAACAUCAGAAAAAAUCCAAUGCAUCAAAGAGCUUACAAAAAAAAGUCAACAUCUUCAAAUUUUUACAAUUCAUCAAAAAAUAUUACUUAAAGUUAAUAAUUAUCGACGAACCUACAAAGCUUCAAAUUUCAAUGGACAAUUAAAAAAUUGUAAAAAUUCAAUUGAAGAUCCUGAAAAAUAUUUUUCAAAUUUUAUUGAAAAUAUUCAAAAUUGUAUUAAUCAAAAAAUUAUAAAAAAACGCUAAAAAAUGCAAAAAAAAAAUAUAUAUGGAGAAGAAAAUGAAUAAUUAAUUAUUUUAUUAAUUAUUAUUAUUAUAUAUUAUUAUUAUUAU